CAGGGUGAGGGGAAGCUGUUAGUGAAUUCAGCCGGUGAGCUCAUGACAGAAGCUCCCAAUUCCUCCAGGGGGAGGGGGUGUCCAGCUCUAUAAAGGCUCUGCCAUCUCAUCGGGCCAGGCCAGCAUUGUGAGGCUGGGGGCAGAAGCUCAGUUCUGUGGCCAUGGCAGGCUCCGAAGAGGUUCAGAGGGCAACAGAGCUGAUCGAGCAGCGCCUGGCAGAGGAAGAGGAGAAUCAGAAACUCCAUAAUGCCUCGAGCAUGAAGCCUGGGCCCAUGAAGAUGGACUUGCUGGUGCUAGAGGAUGAGAAGAACCAUGGGGCCCAGAAACUGGCGCUACAAAAGGUCAAGGGCCAGGAGAGGGUGAGAAAGACAUCACUGGAUCUUCGCCGAGAGAUCAUCGAUGUGGGUGGGAUCCAGAACCUCAUUGAGCUUCGAAAGAAACGGAAGCAAAAGAAGAGAGAGGCAUUAACCCUGGCCCCAGAGCCUCCACCUGAACCCCAGGAAAUCACUGGACCCGUGGAAGAGGAGACGUUCCUGAAAGCUGCUGUGGAGGGGAAAAUGAAUAUCAUUGAGAAAUUCCUGGCAGAUGGGGGUUCUGCUAAUACCUGUGAUGAGUUUCGCCGGACAGCCCUUCACCGGGCCUCCCUAGAGGGCCACAUGGAAAUCCUGCAGAAGCUGUUGGACAGCGGAGCCACUGUGGACUUCCAGGACCGGCUAGACUGCACAGCCAUUCACUGGGCUUGCCGUGGAGGCCACCUGGAGGUGGUGAAACUUCUGCAGAGCCAUGGGGCAGACAUCAACGUGCGCGACAAGCUCCUGAGCACUCCCCUCCACGUGGCAACCCGAACGGGGCGAAUAGAUAUUGUGGAAUACUUUCUCUCCAUGGGAGUGGAUAUCAAUUCCAGGGACAGGGAAGGAGACAGCGCCCUUCAUGAUGCUGUACGCCUUAACCGCUACAAGAUUAUCAAGAUGCUGCUUCUAUACGGGGCUGACAUGAUGGCCAAGAACAUGGCUGGGAAGACCCCCACAGAUCUUGUACAGCUCUGGCAAGCUGAUACCCGCCAUGCCCUGGAGAACCCAGAGCCGGAGCCCUCCCAGGACCAGAAUGGUCUGGAAGGGUCUGGUGAGAGCAGGGCUGAGACCCCACAGCCUGUGGCCUCUCAAUAAAAUCUCACUCACCACCUGAAGCCUGGCCUGAGGGAAGGUGGCCAUGGAGACUCUGUCUAGAAUGUCACUUUGCUUUCUUUCCUAUGUGGAUGACUUGUCUGGCUUCUGACAGAUGUGUGAAACCAGGCUAGGCUUUGUACAUAGGUAAGCCGUGCAGACAAAGCCCUGUACUCAAGCAGCUUAGAAUAGAGGAGGAAAUACACAGGGCAGCUAUAAAGUGAGCAUUUGCAUUCCCCCCCAC